CCAAUCAUGCAAAUGUCCGACUAUCGACCCACAUUAAAUCAAUGGCAUCAAUCAUUAGUGUCAUUUAUUUGUGCAAGAUUAAUACCAGGAUUAAUAUCAACAAAAGUAAUUUAUAAAAUGCAACAAAACAAGUCUUUAAAGUACGGAUUAAACUUGAGUGCCAAUAAAAAACCAACCAUAACUGGAAUAAAACGACCUUCAGUUUUUGAUGCAGAAGACGAUGACGAUGACAAUAAAGUGCAAAAAGAAGUCCAGAGAGCAAAUCGAAAGAUAGGACAGAGUUCAACGGUUAGUAAAUACGCUCAGGAGCAAUAUGAACAAGCUCUUUCAGAAGAUCCAACAGCGUUUGCAUAUGAUGAGGUCUACGAUAACAUGAAAAGUGCGGAACGGAGAAAAAUCGAAAUGCUUAAAGGACCGGAACAAGAGGCUAAAAAGGCAAAAUAUGUUGAUAAAUUUUUAAAAGCUGCGGAAAUUCGGAAACGUGAUUUGGCUCUUGCACAAGAGCGUAAAAUACAAAAAGAACGAGAAGCUGAAGGCAAUGAGUUCGAAGACAAGGAAACAUUUGUUACUUCAGCUUAUAAAGCACAAGCUGAAGAGUUAAAGAAAUUGGAAGAGGAAGAUAAAAAGAAAGAGUCAGAGCAGAAAAAAGGAAAACACAUGACAAGUUUUUAUCGACAAUUACUCGAUCAGACCGAUUCUGCAAAAGCUGAAGCAAUUAAGGCUAGUCGAGCGUCACUUGCAACAAAACAGCGCAUAGAAGAAAACACAGACUCUCUCUCUCUCAAAACAGAUAAAGAAUUAGCAGAAUUAGCGCUAGCCGCCGGGAAAGAGGUGAUGCUGAAUGCAGACGAGAAAAUUGUGGACAAACGACAACUAUUGUCCGCGGGAUUAAAUAUCCCGCAGAAAAAGAAGAUUUCAGAAUCUCAAGCUGAUCACGGAGCAGAUAAUAUUGAUAGAUAUAGUCGUGGUCGCGGUGGAUCAUCUUAUAAUACUUAUAAUAGGGAAGAGAUGAGGCAUCGAGAGAGACAGAGUCGUGAAUUAGAGAAACAAAUACUGGAGACAAAAAGAAAGGCUGAAGAGGAACAGAAAGCAAAGGAAGAACAAUUGGUCCAAAAAUUAUCACAAAAGAAAGACGAAAAGGCAAUAGCUGACGCACGUGAAAGAUAUAUAGCAAGGAAAAGGCAGCGAAAGGGAUAA